AUGGACUCUAACAUGACUAUUGUGAGGCCAGCAUACUUCAUUAUCAUGGGCUUUUCAGGCAUCCCUCAUGUUAACUACUACUAUUUAUUUUUACUGGUGAUCUACAUCAUGUCAGUGGUGGAAAACGGGAUAGUGAUGGCCUUGAUCUGCUUCGACCAGAGUCUCAAGACUCCAAAGUAUAUUGCUGUGUUUGACUUGGCGUUUGUAGACGUGGUCGGCAGCUCCGCACUGGUGCCCAAGGUCAUUGACACGUUCUGGUUCAACAACAAGUACAUCUCGUACAGCAACUGCUUAACCUAUGAGUUUUUUAACUUCUUGACCCUCACCAUGCAGUCUCUUAAUCUGGUUGUACUCUCUUUCGACAGGUUAGUGGCAAUCACAUUUCCAUUGCGUUAUCAGAUCAUUGUGAGUCUGAAGAACAUGUUCUCACUGGUGGCCUCUCUCUGGAUUUUUGCGCUUCUUGGGAACUUGAUGGCUGUAGGACUCCUAACCCGGCUGUCCUACUGUAGGUCUGUUGUUAUCAACAGCCAUUUCUGUGACCAUGGGCUUCUUUAUAAACUAGCCUGUAAUGACAAUCAUCCUAAUUUUAUACUUACCAACUUGUUAAUGAAUGUUAUUCUUUGGGUUCCAUUGCUGUUUAUCUUGAUCACUUACAUGUGCAUUGGCGCAGCUUUGGCCAAAAUAGCCAAAGCCAAGGAUAGAAUGAAGGCUUUUAAAACAUGCAGUGCUCAUAUAAUGUUGGUGGCUAUUUAUUACUUACCUAUUUUAAUCGCCUUUUCUUUUGCCGCUAAAAUGCCUCGCAAUACACGGAUCAUUAACAUGUCUCUUACUGCUGUCCUACCUCCAGCUUUGAACCCACUCAUUUAUGUUUUACAGACUCAGGAAAUCAAACUGUCCCUGAAAAAGGUUUUCAAAAGAAUUUGGCAAUCAAGAAUUGCUGUGUAAUAGAAUAUCAAAAGGGAUAUUUAAAUUACGAUAUUGUUUUGUAGUAUACAUCGUUGAUUUGUUAAUGUUAAAUGUUUUGCUUGAAGAUGUAAUAUAUAUAGAAGUAUGUAAAUGUUAUCAACUACUUCAACAUGAAUUUUAUUACGUUUAUUUUAGUUAAAUUAUCGCUCCUUCCUGAGGGUAUUUUAAUUGUUAUGGAAAACAUCUGUCAUCGUUGUUUUUCAGUAUUAAAAAACACAUUUGUGAUACAGAUGCCUGACCCACCAGUAAGAGUCUGAUGCAGCUACCAGGCGCAAACCAUUAUAUGCCUGCCUUAUCCAUAUGCACAUUUUUAAUAGACAGUAACAUUGUCACAUUCUAACAACAUGACUGUCAUAUACUGUUUCAAGUUUCAAGUCAAUAAAAACGUAACGAUGAGCUUGUUCAUCGUCUGUUAACAGUAUGCAAUAAGCAUAUAACAUAUAUUUACUUUUGGAAGGUUCAUUUCUAAAUCUCUGCGGCCAAUGCUUCACGGCCCGGUGGUUGAGAACCCCUGAUCUGCAUGACAAAACCGUUUAAAUAUGAUCUUAAAUUCAGAUUCAGAUUCAGCUUUAUCGGCCAGUUUUGCGAACAAACAAGGAAUUUGACUUCGGUCCCUUUGCUCUCUAUGUACAACACUCAACAUUUAACCUAUUGUUAAUAUAUUAAAAAGAAAAAAACACAGCAGA